AUGAUCUUGGUGAAAGUUGCCGAACUAGUAAUUGAAACAUCGCUUACACCAGCACAUGAGGAUCUCAAAAUUGAAUGUAAUAUUCAAAACACUCCGAACACCUGGGAUAAGGUGAAGCUUAUCUCCUCUGACGACAGCAUUGGAGUUGUAGCUGUUGGCUAUUCUAAUGGAACAACACAGAAAGACAACAACUCGUACCAACUGACCCUUGAACCCGGCGAUAGCAACGUAACACUAAGUCUUCUUUUCCCCAACACCACGAAGCAUUGUUUUGUCAGGAGUAACUACACGUGUCAACUUCAUAGCAAUGGAAAUAUAUUUGUGGAGUCCAUGGAGUACAUUUCCAUCCCAGUUGCAGACGCAGCGGAGAAUAUCCACAUUGUUGGGCCUACAACGGUGAACGAGGGUGAUAGUUAUGUGGUGAACUGUAGCGGGGAUCUGGCUCCAUCAGAUAGUACACUGGACCUGUAUACCAGAACCGUAAACGCCACGUUAUUUACAAAGUCUCCGAUUAAUCCUCAAAUCACGAAUGGUAACGUCACCGAAUCCUGCUACCUCCACACAACAAAGAGGUACAGUCUCAGCGCCAGUAAGACUGAUAAUGGCACAGAGAUGAGGUGUGAGGCAGCGAAUUCCUCCCCUGGUUCAAAGACGAUCUCUAGCGCACAAAUGAUCUUGGUGAAAGUUGCCGAACUAGUAAUUGAAACAUCGCUUACACCAGCACAUGAGGAUCUCAAAAUUGAAUGUAAUAUUCAAAACACUCCGAACACCUGGGAUAAGGUGAAGCUUAUCUCCUCUGACGACAGCAUUGGAGUUGUAGCUGUUGGCUAUUCUAAUGGAACAACACAGAAAGACAACAACUCGUACCAACUGACCCUUGAACCCGGCGAUAGCAACGUAACACUAAGUCUUCUUUUCCCCAACACCACGAAGCAUUGUUUUGUCAGGAGUAACUACACGUGUCAACUUCAUAGCAAUGGAAAUAUAUUUGUGGAGUCCAUGGAGUACAUUUCCAUCCCAGUUGCAGACGCAGCGGAGAAUAUCCACAUUGUUGGGCCUACAACGGUGAACGAGGGUGAUAGUUAUGUGGUGAACUGUAGCGGGGAUCUGGCUCCAUCAGAUAGUACACUGGACCUGUAUACCAGAACCGUAAACGCCACGUUAUUUACAAAGUCUCCGAUUAAUCCUCAAAUCACGAAUGGUAACGUCACCGAAUCCUGCUACCUCCACACAACAAAGAGGUACAGUCUCAGCGCCAGUAAGACUGAUAAUGGCACAGAGAUGAGGUGUGAGGCAGCGAAUUCCUCCCCUGGUUCAAAGACGAUCUCUAGCGCACAAAUGAUCUUGGUGAAAGUUGCCGAACUAGUAAUUGAAACAUCGCUUACACCAGCACAUGAGGAUCUCAAAAUUGAAUGUAAUAUUCAAAACACUCCGAACACCUGGGAUAAGGUGAAGCUUAUCUCCUCUGACGACAGCAUUGGAGUUGUAGCUGUUGGCUAUUCUAAUGGAACAACACAGAAAGACAACAACUCGUACCAACUGACCCUUGAACCCGGCGAUAGCAACGUAACACUAAGUCUUCUUUUCCCCAACACCACGAAGCAUUGUUUUGUCAGGAGUAACUACACGUGUCAACUUCAUAGCAAUGGAAAUAUAUUUGUGGAGUCCAUGGAGUACAUUUCCAUCCCAGACGCAGCGGAGAAUAUCCACAUUGUUGGGCCUACAACGGUGAACGAGGGUGAUAGUUAUGUGGUGAACUGUAGCGGGGAUCUGGCUCCAUCAGAUAGUACACUGGACCUGUAUACCAGAACCGUAAACGCCACGUUAUUUACAAAGUCUCCGAUUAAUCCUCAAAUCACGAAUGGUAACGUCACCGAAUCCUGCUACCUCCACACAACAAAGAGGUACAGUCUCAGCGCCAGUAAGACUGACAAUGGCACAGAGAUGAGGUGUGAGGCAGCGAAUUCCUUACCUGGUUCACAGACGAUCUCUAGCGCACAAAUGAUCUUGGUGAAAGUUGCCGAACUAGUAAUUGAAACAUCGCUUACUCCAACACAUGAGGAUCUCAAAAUUGAAUGUAAUAUUCAAAACGCUCCGAACACCUGGGAUAAGGUUAGGUUUAUCUCCUCUGACGACAGCAUUGGAGUUGUAGCUGUCGGCUAUUCUAAUGGAACAACACAGAAAGACAACAACUCGUACCAACUGACCCUUGAACCCGGCGAUAGCAACGUAAAAUUGAGUCUUCUUUUUCCGAACACCACGAAGCAUUGUUUUGUUAGGAGUAACUACACGUGUCAACUUCAUAGCAAUGGAAAUAUAUUUGUGGAGUCCAUGGAAUACAUUUCCAUCCCAGACGCAGCGGAGAAUAUCCACAUUGUUGGGCCUACAACGGUGAACGAGGGUGAUAGUUAUGUGGUGAACUGUAGCGGGGAUCUGGCUCCAUCAGAUAGUACACUGGACCUGUAUACCAGAACCGUAAACGCCACGUUAUUUACAAAGUCUCCAAUUAGUCCUCAAAUCACGAAUGGUGACGUCACCGAAUCCUGCUACCUCCACACAACACAGAAGUACAGUCUCAGCGCCAGUAAGACUGACAAUGGCACAGAGAUGAGGUGUGAGGCAGCGAAUUCCUUCCCUGGUUCACAGACGAUCUCUAGCGCACAAAUGAUCUUGGUGAAAGUUGCCGGUAACUAUAUCCCUUUUUACAUUUAUUGUAAGAAAAUGUAUGUACGAUAG